UUUUUUCAUCAAAGGGAGGGGGAAAAAAAAUUGGCCGGUCGGAACUAAAACCCUAUAACCUUUGUAAAUUGCCAUUUCGCCUCUCUCUCUCUCUCUCACGGCGGAAUCCGAUAGGUGCGAAGUUCCUGCGGAGUCAGCAAUCUUCUCUGCUUCUGAUUCCUCACUUUUCUCUUUCCCGUGUUUGAUAUAUUUUGUCCCCCAAAGAAGCCCGGGAGGCUAUGGCAUCUAAUGUGCAAAAUGGUGUAGAGGAAGGAAAACCAGUCCCAAGGAUACAGAUAUACUCUUCCUCUGCAACUGGAGUUUCCCAGUUCUGGAGAGAAAAGUACGAAAGAGAUGCCAAGAAAUAUUGGGAUGUCUUCUACAAGCAGCAUCAAGACAAGUUUUUUAAAGAUCGGCACUACUUGGACAAGGAAUGGGGUCAUUACUUCUCAGGAAAUGGGAGAAAGACCAUUUUGGAGGUUGGCUGUGGAGCUGGAAACACGAUUUUUCCAUUGGUUGCAACAAACCCAGAUAUUUUUGUCUAUGCGUGUGAUUUUUCACCAAGAGCUGUUAACUUGGUUAAGACACAUAAAGACUUCACAGAUUCACAUGUUAGCGCAUUUGUGUGUGAUCUGACAGCUGAUGACCUGACAGAUAACAUUCCUCCAUCGUCGGUGGAUAUUGUAACCAUGAUUUUUGUGCUGUCUGCAGUGUCCCCAGAAAAGAUGCCCCUAGUGUUGCAAAAUAUUAGGAAAGUUCUUAAGCCAAGUGGUUAUGUGCUGUUUCGUGACUAUGCCACUGGUGACCUUGCUCAGGAGAGAUUAACCUGCAAGGACCAAAAGAUUAGUGAAAACUUUUAUGUCAGAGGUGAUGGAACUCGUGCUUUCUACUUUUCGAAUGAGUUCUUGACAAGCAUGUUUAAAGAAAAUGGAUUUGAUGUUGAAGAACUUGGCUUGUGUUGUAAACAAGUUGAGAAUCGGUCACGGAAGCUGAUUAUGAACCGGCGAUGGAUUCAAGCAGUAUUCCACAUUUCAGACGGCAUCAACCUCUCUGCCAAUAAUGAAGCUGGCGUUCAAGUCAAAGAGAACAUGUUGAAGGAUGCUGGGGAAAAUGUUGAGGUUGAUUUGUCGGAAGGUUUUGCAGCAGAAAUGUUUGGAAGCUCACCCUCCCACGAUAAGGAGAUAAUCGAGCUUGGAGAUUUGAAUUUCGAGAUUGAAAGGCUGUCGAGAGAGUACCAGCAUACCUGCAAAUCUACUGGUCUGAUGUUAUGGGAAUCGGCUCGUUUGGUGGCUUCUGUUUUAGCAAGAAAUCCAAGCAUUGUCUCUGGGAAAAGGGUGUUAGAGUUGGGGUCUGGCUGUGGGGGCAUAUGCUCUAUGGUUGCAGCUAAAUAUGCUGAUCAUGUGAUUGCCACUGAUGGAGAUACAAAAGCACUUGAUCUCUUGACACAAAACGUCACUUCAAAUCUUGAACCACCAUCUUUGGACAAAUUGCUUGUUAGGAGAUUACUGUGGGGGAAUAGGGACCACAUAGGAGCAAUUAAGGAAAUAAACAAUAGAGGUUUUGAUAUCAUCAUAGGCACAGAUGUGACUUACAUCGCUGAAGCUAUUUCGUCCCUAUUUGCGACUGCGAAAGAGUUGAUUUUGUCUAGUGAAGGGAUUAGUAAGGACAAGGAACCUGCAUUAAUUCUGUGUCACAUUAUACGCCGCGUGGAUGAGCCAUCUCUGCUUUCUACUGCUUCAAAAUUUGGUUUCAGGCUUGUUGAUAAGUGGCCGGAAAGUUUUUCUGGUGCAUCAGAAAACAUCAUAAACUCCUGGUUCUCAGAGAAUGGACCCGAGAAUCUCCCAAGUACAGCAUUAAAUAUCUUGUACUUUCGUAUGGAGUAGGUUGUCGUUUUUUCUCUAUUUUUUGUUCUACUAUAGGAGUAAGACACUUGAGAAUUCUAUAUCCGUUUCUUGUAACAUGAAUUAUUAAAUAUUCCGUUGAAUGCAC